AGUUGUGAACGAACCGUUGCGACUUGUGCCCCUCCCGUGCUGAGCAACCUUCGAACGGCCUUGAGGUAGACGAACAUACGACCCACGACUUCAGCAAUCCCAGGGGCAGAGCCAAGCCGCUACCUCCCGUUAAGUACUCUCCACAAGCCUGGAUUGAAGAAGGACAUGUCAUAGCGCUCAGAGAACGCCGUGGAGAGGAACUCAUACCAAAGUUGGAUGAACGUGGCAAAAAAGAUCUCUGGAAACGCACUGUGGAUGAACGCAGUGGCACGAUUAAUGGCAGAUUAAAGAGAAUACAGUGGAAAACGCGAUGUUGUUCAGUAUACUGGUCUACUUAGUCUACUACAGCUGCUAUACAAUACUGCUCGCGAUCGCUGGCCUCUGGUGCUUCGAAGAAUGCACGCUAACCGAAGAUGAGGAGUACGAGUUCCACAACCAGCAUAGGGCGAUGCCUUAUUGAAUUCUAACUUGUGACAGCUUGCCCGUAGCAAAUUGUUACCGGGAAACGGAUUUAAAGAAGUGAUUCAAAAACAUAAUUCCAAAAAAGCAUAACAGUGAUUCAAGAAUUUAGUUAAAAUAUUGUGAUGUUCUAGAAAAUUGUUUUUUUUUUCUAAAUUCUACGGAAGUCUUACCUGUUUGUACAAUUAUUUGUAUAGGACGCUGGGUUGGACCUAAGUCUAGACUUAAGUGAAUGAGUGCUAGUGUUCAAGAACUAAAGUGCUGUGAUAAAAGAACUCAAAAUGUCGGGAUUCGUGAAAAUAGCCAUUGACGAUUACUAUUCGGACAGUAAUUGGACAACAAUAAUCAACAAAUAUUGGAUGCUGGCCGAGAGAGUAUCAGAUCCCCGGGUGCAAGGAUGGUUCCUCUUCGACACUCCGCUCCCGACCCUGGCCAUGGUGGUCAUCUAUCUCGCGUUCGUGAUGGUGAUCGGCCCCCUCUGGAUGUCAAACAGGAAGCCCUUUCAAAUACAGAACACUUUGGUUGCGUACAACGCGAGCCAAGUUCUACUCUCCCUCUACAUGUUUUAUGAGCACUUGAUGUCAGGAUGGUGGGGAGACUAUAGCCUCUCUUGUCAACCUGUGGACUACACCGAGAGCGAACAGGCGAGAAGGAUGCUUCAUCUAUGUUGGGUUUACUACUUCUCGAAACUAUCAGAAUUCGCUGACACGAUAUUCUUCGUGCUGAGGAAGAAGAAGAGUCAAAUCACAUGGUUGCAUCUUUACCACCACUCGUUGACCCCUUUCGAGGCGUGGCUGCUGGUCAAGUUCAUUGCUGGUGGUCACGGUACGUUCUCGAACAUAGUGAACAAUCUAGUGCACGUGAUCAUGUACAGUUACUACAUGCUGGCCGCAAUGGGACCUCAGUACCAGAAGUACCUCUGGUGGAAGAAGCAUCUCACUACCCUGCAACUAAUCCAGUUCUUCAUGGUGUUGUUCCAUUCGAUCAGCGCUUUAGUCUGCGACUGCGGGUAUCCGAAGAUCAUCGCCUCCGGACUGAUUCUUCACUCCACUAUCUUCAUAGUCCUAUUUACCAACUUCUACCUCCAAGCCUACAAAAAGAAACCCAGAAGCAAAGUUGAAACGAACAACAAUAAUAAUGACAGCAAACUCACUGAUGAGAACACGAAGCUAAAGAACGGACGCGUUAAUGGCGCAACGAACAAUGGUCACCUUCAAAACGGUUUCGCUAAUGGCGAAGUAGCAAACGGUAAGAUCAGAAACGGCGAAGUUGGUAACGGCAGGAUCGAAAACGGUGAAGUCAAUGGGCACGUUAAGAACGGAUACGUCAACGGUAGGUUACCGAACGGCUCAACUGAUAAAGACAAAGUGCAAUAGUCUGUACUAACAUAAUUUAGUUUUUUAAUUUGUAAAUAGAGAAAUAUAGAAGUGCACUAGGCAAUUUUUGUAUUGUUCAAUUAUAAUUAGGAAACGUAAAUUCAAAGUUACCAAUUUAGAAUCUAACGAGAGAUUAAAAAUAAAUAAUAAUAAAUUAAUUAAUUAAUACAAUUAUUGUCUACUGCUUUUUGUACAGUUUGUGUGUAAUUUAGUUAAAAGUUCCACUGCGAGCUUCCGUGUAGCUUAAGUUGUGAUAUAGUACUUGAACGUCUCAGGGUAAAAUCUAUUAGUUUCGAAGUUUUAAGCCUUCGUCAAACAGAACGCGUACUUAGCGCCGCGUACUUAACGUCGCGCUCUUUUCAUGUCACACAAAUUGACUAGAUGAGUCCAACGCUCCUUGACGCAACGCAUUCGCCAAAUCAUAGUGCCUUUCGAUAGCAGUGUGAAAAUUUAAAAGUAUUAAGAUAUCGAGUGAUGCAGAUGUGGCAUUGUAUAAGCAUGGGUAUUUUCUAACAAUUUAUAUCAUUUUUUCGGGCAUUAUCUAGUAUUUUAAAACACAUUCACGCGGACGCUAAAAUAAAAUUUGUAAAAAAUUAUAACGCCUGACGUCAAAGCGUCCUAACGCCGCGACAGAGCUCUGCGUACUUAUAGCGCUGGGGCUCUGUUUGACGGCAUGUUACCAUAGUAGUACAACACAUCUCGGCGUCAUAGCGCGGCGUCAGUUUAGCUCUCUGACGCGCGCUAAUUACGCGUUCUGUUUGACGAAGGCUUCAAUAUCAAUCAAAAACCCGCACGCGUUGCAACAAGAGAACCGUUUUGAUCAUCAAGGACACACACAUGGUCUGUAAAUGAAAAAUUGCAACUCCCAGCUUAAUUCAUUUUGUCCACCAAUACUCUUUCAUGCCGAUUUGCUUUCUCUGAAAGUAAAAGUGAUCCGUCAUCUCCUUAGGGAUCUAAUACCGUAAGCUGGUCAUUCGCGAAACAGCUGCUCUUGAGUUGUUAGGUCUCCUUCAGAGGCGCUCGGGCAGCUGUUAGCAAACCCCACCCCUCCUGUCUGAGCCAUUGCUCGCCCACCUGUCCUGGUGAAACUGGAAAGGCCUUCGGGCCACCAGUAAUCCUUCAAACCAAAAAACCGUUUGUUGGGUUAUAAGUUUGAAUUCUCGUCCAACCACCAAAACUGUUUUCCCAAACAUUUCGAUAAAUGACAAGUCUUUGAAAGAUCAACUCAGCGCAGCGGUCCAAAGAUACAGAAACUGAACAGAUAACAGAUUACCCUUUAGUCUCUUCGUUACAACUACCUCGUACAGUUUACUUUUUUUUUAAUCCCUUCUUUUUAAUCUGUAAUUACGGUGACGAAUAAGGUAGCCAUAAAUACUGCACAGAUAAAUAUUGAAGUUUAUUGUAAAUUAUAGUUUCUGAAAUUCGUUUAAGUCGCGUGGCCUAAAGGAUAAGACGGCGUAUUCGCAUCGAGCGAUGCGCAUGUGCCAGUGUUCAAAUCCCGCGGGCAGGUACCAAAUUUUCUUUUGCAAUACGUACAGAGCUCAUAUUCACGAAUGUCUUCCACAAUUAAAGAGUAGCAUCGUGCGACAAAAAUCAAACCCGCUAAAAUUUUAAUUUACCUAAUCAGUUUUGGAAGAUCGUUCAACCGUCGCUAUAAAAAAAAUACACAAAUUUAAAUUACUAAUGUUCCGGACAUUGUCAUAAUAUUUUCAAUAUCAUUUAUUAUUAAUUCAGCAUUGAUAUAUUUCUGAGGUAUUCAAUUAUUGAAAUAUUCUGGGAUUUUUUUUAAGACAUCUGUAUUUUUUUAAAGAGUUUCCAAUGUAAAUGAAUCGUGGCAAUAUUUCUAAUAAUUAAUUUACACUUUUUAUUCAUUUAUCGUAUACAUUUUAAAAGCUCAUAAAUAUCGGCUGCCUUAAAGUUAGCGCAACUCUAGUUUUUAAUUUACUGUGAGAUUUUCGUUUAGAAUUUUAUCACAAUCUCCGUCCGUGCUAAGCUUUACUUAGAUUUAAGUCGUAUUAAUGUUUUUAAAUUAUUAUUUUUCUUUUAAAUAAGUUGUAUGUUUACACCGUCAUUCUAUUUCUAGUGACAGUAUGACAACGGAUUCUGAUUUAAAUUUAUCAUUUGCAACGACCAAAACUGAGAUUAGUGUUUUCAAAGUGAACACUGAAAUUUUCCAAUAAAACUUCAUGUAUAUACAACAUAUUGUAUUUACUAAUACAUCUAUGUGUUUUUAAAGCACUAAUGAGUCGACUAUUAUCAAAGCCGGCAAUCUGACUUUUGGAUAAUUAUUGGUAAAUCAGAAAAACGAAUUAUUGACUUUGUAUUCCAUUGGCAGUCACAAAACUCUUCGGAACGACAUCUUAGAUAAAUAACAGGUUAACUAUUAACCUUUAUUUAAUGCAGGUUUUGAACCGUAUUCUUUGAAGGAGACGAUUAUAUUCAAAUCAAUCUGUAUUGACAUAUCAAUAACAUUUUUUUGUCCAAAUGUACAGAUUGCCACCUUUGAUAAUAGACGACUCUAAUGUGUGUAUAAAUCGACGGCCCCUACGUACAAAGCGUCAUGUCAAAAAUUAUGGUUUACAAGCGAGCGUUUUUAAGUUUCAAUCUCAUGUGUAAUUAAAUCAUAAAAGUAACUCUUCUAUCUUCUAGUAUUGAUUUCAAGUAUUCAAUUUAGGCCGGUUCUAACGGUAUAAUAAUUAUUUAUAAUAUCCUCGAUUUUCCCGGAAAAGUAGUUAGAUGACUGUGUCUACCACAACUAUGAAAUAAUAAUAAUAAUAUAAUAAUUGUUUUUAAGACCCGCAUAAAGAUGACUGUAUCUACAUCAACAGAGACUUUUUAUACGUUGACGUCUUAUAAGUUUAUUUAUCUUUUGAAAUAUUACUUAUAAAAUAAAAAAAAAUAUAUGGUAAUAUGCGUAUUGAUAAAUAGAAAAUGACUGUGUAAUAAUAAUAAAAACGUGGUUUUGGACAUGACUCUUUAUAUGUAGGGACCGUCGAAAUAUAUUUCCUAGCUCCCAGUGGAACCAGGGUUUUGUACGCCUUCUUAAAUUAGUAUUAAUGUAAUUAACAUAAAUGCAAAUGUAUGCAUUCCAGUCACUUCUAAAGGUAUAUUUUGUAUAAAUAGGUGUUGUAUACAAUAGACUUACGUUGUAAUAGAAUUUAAGUAAUGUGCUACUCUGAUUAAUUUAGAUGUACCUUUUUAUAUAGUAAUUUUAUAUAUUGAUUAUUCAAUUUUCUAUUGGAAUUAUAUUUUAUGAAAUUAAUAAAAGGGAUACCUAGA